CUAGCAGUAGCUACUCAUUUCAUUUCACCUUUCCGAGAGUUUUGAGGAAGAAGCAUAGCGAUGAUGGCAUGCAGUAGUAGCACAAUGCAGAGUGUGUACCCGAGGGUGAGUGGAGCGAAUUUCCACGUUCCGCUAUCUUCCCCUUCUCUCGUUCCUAUUUACAACAACAACCUCUCCUUUUCAAAGCUACGCAAUUCAAUUCAUCUCGCGGCGGUGCCAUUGCCGCCGUUAACCAAAGCCUCUGCGGGGAACGGCGGCCCCACCGACGAGGGAGUGUCUUUAGGGACGAUGAAGCUUCCUUUGGACACUGACCUCCAGAGAUUCGAUUCCUUGCUCUUUCAGUGGGCAAACAGCCUUUGCCAGGGAGCCAAUCUGCCCCUUCCCGUGCCUCUCAAGGUGGACAAAAUACCUGGUGGAGCUAGACUGGGUUUUAUCACCAUUGGAGAUGGGAAAACUGAAGUUCUUGUGCAUAUUGAUUGCUUGGUUUUUCCACCUACUGAGAAUUCUGCUCCAAUUUUUCGUGCCAUUAGAAAUGGUCCCUUGAAGGAUAAGGCACCACCAGGUGAGCCCAGAAUCAUGAGAAGCCUUCUUCAAGCUCUUCAGAAGUCCGUUGAAAUCGCCAGAUUGUGAAUAUUUUGUUUGUCUCUAACUUACUCUUGUAAGGUUUUGACUUUUGAACCAAAAAAUUUAACUUGAAGUUUGAAUUUGGUGUAUAUAUAUUUAUUCCUAUUUAUUUAUCCCAUAUUAUGUCUA